UAGGGUGAUAAUGGAAUUGUUAUCUAUUGCUCCGGGUUACUGCACAUCCUUACUCUUUGUAUUCUUACUAGAGUAAUUGUCUCUCACUCUUCCAGAAAGACCAUAUGCCGGCACUUUUGGGAAUGGCCGCUGCUUACAUGAUCUUAAAGCAAACCCCAAGAGCAAGAAACCAACUGAAACGCAUUGCCAAAAUAAACUGGAACCCAGCAGAGGCAGAGGAGUUUGAGAAGAGCUUACUGUUACUGGCAGACAUCUACAUUCAGUCAGGCAAAUACGAUAUGGCGGGCGAGUUGCUGAAACGCUGUCUGCGACAUAAUAAGUCAUGCUGCAAGGCUUACGAAUACACAGGCUAUAUCAUGGAGAAAGAACAAGCGUAUAAAGAUGCAGCCAGCAACUAUGAAAUGGCUUGGAAAUACGGCAACCAGACGAAUCCCACUGUGGGAUAUAAACUUGCUUUUAACUACCUUAAGGCAAAGAGAUAUGUUGAUGCAAUUGACGUGUGCCACAAGGCAAAACACCUUUUGCAGGGAAAGAAACCUUUCCCCCGAAAGAAUGUCAAACUGUUCCCCCUUUGCGAAGGGUCAGGAACAUUUGUGGCCACCAAAUCCCUCAAGUUCUACCGCACUGUUGGCGUUGUGGAAAUUAUACUGGUUCUUUGUUUCAUAUCUUCUGGAGAUGUUCCUUGGUUCAACCCUUUUGGCAAGAGGUCUAUCCAAAAAUGCUAA